UGGUUGGAUCUGAUCCAGACAUGUCCUGUGGAGGUGAAGAAAGUGGUGGAAGAAGAGGAGGAGAAGCAGGAGAACUAUCAUUCUGACUCUAAUCUGGAUGUAUGGACUGUAGACAGACACCAUUGUCUUACGUCAGACAGUGCGACUCUGUUCACACUUGGUUGAACUAACAUCGUACAGGAGGAGUGUUGCGUAGGAGUGACGCCACCUAUUGGACUCAGAACAGAAGACAAUGCUGUAGCCAGACAGCUGUAGCUGGCAGUGUGUGUGUGUGUGUGUGUGUGUGUGUGUGUGUGUCGUUGGUGUCCGGCCAGCUCUGCUGUUGUCUCUGAUGGCACAUAUUCCCUCUGGACUGCUGGAGGCUUGUGUGGUGGUUGGAGCAGCCAGCGAUAAACUCAGGGAACUCUAUCAGGUAGGUACAGCUGACUCAAUCAAAAGGGGACAUACACUGUUGGUUUUGCAAUACAUUGAUUUUUGUGGGCUUAGGAUACCACCACAUCCUAUUAAUCAUAUGACACAUAGUCAUACACGUCAUAUGUACAGUGGGGGAAAAAAGUAUUUAGUCAGCCACCAAUUGUGCAAGUUCUCCCACUUAAAAAGAUGAGAGAGGCCUGUAAUUUAUCAUAGGUACACGUCAACUAUGACAGACAAAAUGAGAAACAUUUUCCAGAAAAUCACAUUGUAGGAUUUUUAAUGAAUUUAUUUGCAAAUUAUGGUGGAAAAUAAGUAUUUGGUCAAUAACAAAAGUUUCUCAAUACUUUGUUAUAUACCCUUUGUUGGCAAUGACACAGGUCAAACGUUUUCUGUAAGUCUUCACAAGGUUUUCACACACUGUUGCUGGUAUUUUGGCCCAUUCCUCCAUGUAGAUCUCCUCUAGAGCAGUGAUGUUUUGGGGCUGUCGCUGGGCAACACGGACUUCCAACUCCCUCCAAAGAUUUUCUAUGGGGUUGAGAUCUGGAGACUGGCUAGGCCACUCCAGGACCUUGAAAUGCUUCUUACGAAGCCACUCCUUCGUUUCCCGGGCGGUGUGUUUGGGAUCAUUGUCAUGCUGAAAGACCCAGCCACGUUUCAUCUUCAAUGCCCUUGCUGAUGGAAGGAGGUUUUCACUCAAAAUCUCACGAUACAUGGCCCCAUUCAUUCUUUCCUUUACACGGAUCAGUCGUCCUGGUCCCUUUGCAGAAAAACAGCCCCAAAGCAUGAUGUUUCCACCCCCAUGCUUCACAGUAGGUAUGGUGUUCUUUGGAUGCAACUCAGCAUUCUUUGUCCUCCAAACACAACGAGUUGAGUUUUUACCAAAAAUAUCUAUUUUGGUUUCAUCUGACCAUAUGACAUUCUCCCAAUCCUCUUCUGGAUCAUCCAAAUGCACUCUAGCAAACUUCAGACGGGCCUGGACAUGUACUGGCUUAAGCAGGGGGACACGUCUCGCACUGCAGGAUUUGAGUCCCUGGCAGCGUAGUGUGUUACUGAUGGUAGGCUUUGUUACUUUGGUCCCAGCUCUCUGCAGGUCAUUCACUAGGUCCCCCCGUGUGGUUCUGGGAUAUUUGCUCACCGUUCUUGUGAUCAUUUUGACCCCACGGGGUGAGAUCUUGCGUGGAGCCCCAGAUCGAGGGAGAUUAUCAGUGGUCUUGUAUGUCUUCCAUUUCCUAAUAAUUGCUCCCACAGUUGAUUUCUUCAAACCAAGCUGCUUACCUAUUGCAGAUUCAGUCUUCCCAGCCUGGUGCAGGUCUACAAUUUUGUUUCUGGUGUCCUUUGACAGCUCUUUGGUCUUGGCCAUAGUGGAGUUUGGAGAGUGACUGUUUGAGAUUGUGGACAGGUGUCUUUUAUACUGAUAACAAGUUCAAACAGGUGCCAUUAAUACAGGUAACGAGUGGAGGACAGAGGAGCCUCUUAAGGAAGAAGUUACAGGUCUGUGAGAGCCAGAAAUCUUGCUUGUUUGUAGGUGACCAAAUACUUAUUUUCCACCAUAAUUUGCAAAUAAAUUCAUUAAAAAUCCUACAAUGUGAUUUUCUGGAUUUUUUUUCCUCAAUUUGUCUGUCAUAGUUGAUGUGUACCUAUGAUGAAAAUUACAGGCCUCUCUCAUCUUUUUAAGUGGGAGAACUUGCACAAUUGGUGGCUGACUAAAUACUUUUUUCCCCAACUGUAGGCCUGUAUAUGAUAUAAUGCAUUGUUUCCCCUUCCUGCCAGUCACAUCAGCAGGCCAAAAUCAAAGAGCUCCCCCUGUUGGAGGUGGAGGUACUGCAGGUGCACGCCCCACCCUUUGUGACCAAGGAGAGUGUGAGUAGUGAGACCAAAGGUCAGGGUCACGCCCCGGCCUUCACCAGGGUCCAGAGGAGGCGCUCCUUCAUCAAGAAGAAGAUGGAGAGGCCUUGUACGGCUAAUGGAGAGGCAGCCAAGGGAAUCGAUGGAGGGGGUGGCACCACAGAGGACAUCAGUGUCCCCAAGGACCUGGACCUCAUCGCCCUGCCUCAGCUCUGCUUCCCAGGUGACACAGCGUGAUGACUAGAAGUCGCCGUUUUGAUUUCGGCUAGACCCAUCCUCAGUGAAACACUACCUAACACCUAGACUAGGUCAACACACACACUACACCAUAGCACUACGUAUUAAUGAUUAAAGGAGCAUGUUCAGAACUCCAGAUUUGUCAUCUUCACCACCAAAGGUGUAUGUGUCGUGCGAUUAAGCAAUAAGGCACGAGGGGGUGUGGUAUAUGGCCAAUAUAUCACGGCUAAGGGUUGUUCUUAAGCACGACGCAACGCAGAGUGCCUGUACACAGCCCUUAGCCGUGGUAUAUAGGCCAUAUACCACUAACCCCCCCGAGGUGCCUUAUUGCUAUUAUAAACGUGAUUAGAGCAGUAAAAAUAAAUGUUUUGUCAUACCCGUGGUAUACGGUCUGAUAUACCACGGCUGUCGGCCAAUCAGCAUUCAGGGCUUGAACCACCCAGUUUAUAAUUCCUCUUAUAUGAGGUCUUGUGUCUGCUUUCUUCCAUUGGCCAGGGGGUCUUCAGAUAGCCAGCGAGCAGAGAGAAGACUCGUACCAUUACCUGGUGUUUACUGAUGUCUUCGGGAACAGGACACAUGCCGUAGUGGUGCAGUACUACAGGCCUAUACAGGUGGGACGGCUCACCAGCUGAGCUUUAUCCAUGCGCACUGGAAUGCUUUACCUUCUUCAAUACAGAAUGGUUUAUCAUUUGAAGACAGAGGGGCUUAAGAUUGGAUGGACAUAAGCAUGUUCAUCAGCAAAACAAAGAUGUCUUUUAAACAUUGGCCUUUUUAGAUCCAUGUUUUAGAUCCAUGUUUUAAGUCCAUGUUUUUUUUGUACAUUUGUAGACUUUUACAUUUGCUGCUAUGUGAAUGUAGAAGGACACAUGCUGCUCUGUGAAUGUAGAAGGACACAUGCUGCUCUGUGAAUGUAGAAGGACACAUGCUGCUCUGUGAAUGUAGAAGGACACAUGCUGCUCUGUGAAUGUAGAAGGACACAUGCUGCUAUGUGAAUGUAGAAGGACACAUGCUGCUAUGUGAAUGUAGAAGGACACAUGCUGCUAGGUGAAUGUAGAAAUACACAUGCUGCUAUGUGAAUGUAGAAGGACACAUGCUGCUAUGUGAAUGUAGAAAUACACAUGCUGCUAUGUGAAUGUAGAAGGACACAUGCUGCUAUGUGAAUGUAGAAAUACACAUGCUGCUAUGUGAAUGUAGAAGGACACAUGCUGCUAUGUGAAUGUAGAAGGACACAUAACACAUGCUGCUAUGUGAAUGUAGAAGGACACCGACAUGCUGCUAUGUGUAAAGGCCAUGUGUUAGAAAAUACACAUGCUGCUAUGUGAAUGUAGAAGGACACAUGCUGCUAUGUGAAUGUAGAAGGACACAUGCUGCUAUGUGAAUGUAGAAGGACACAUGCUGCUAUGUGAAUGUAGAAAUACACAUGCUGCUAUGUGAAUGUAGAAGGACACAUGCUGCUAUGUGAAUGUAGAAGGACACAUGCUGCUAUGUGGCUGGCUAUGUGAAUGUAGAAGGACACAUGCUGCUAUGUGAAUGUAGAAAUACACAUGCUGCUAUGUGAAUGUAGAAGGAACACAUGCUGCAGUGAAUUGUAGUGAAUGUAAAUACACAUGCUGCUAUGUGAAUGUAGAAGGAACAUGCUGAUAUGGGAAUGUAGAAGGACACAUGCUGAUAUGGGAAUGUAGAAGGACACAUGGAAUAGAAACACAGUCUACAGCCACAUGAAUAGUCAUUUCACUGUCAUUGGUCAAUGUGGAAAACAUUGCUCUCUGAUUGGUCGUUUGCUUGCGUCCCAGUUCUCUCAGGAUGGUGGGCACCAAAAUGGCCACCGGUUGUCCUCCAAGUCGUCCCGUCUCUACACGGCAUACGGCAUCUGUGUCAUCUCUAAAUACCCUUACUACAACGCUCUCAGGGACUGCCUGUCAUGGUGAGAACAAAUUCACCAUCCUCUCACCAUCCUUUUACUCCUCAAGGUCUUUCUUUGUGUUCAAGUAAAUACCGAACGAGAAUACAAAACAGUAGACUACAUGUUAUCACAAUAAAUACAUGCCAGAUGUGGGCCAUCGUUAUAAAGGCAUCAGUCCAACUCAUCUUAGACACCUAUUGACCUGUAUGUUCAUGUUUUUACUGUAUGGUGUCCCUCUAAUGGGUGUGUGCUCAGUCUCUUGACCCAGCUCAAGCCCAGCUGGAUGGGGGACUUUGAGGAGAGGGUGAAGGAGUUUUCAGCCAAGCUGUCGCUGGUGCCCAUACCUCCACCUGGGCAACUGCAUGUGGUGAGCCAAUUGUCUCCCUCUAUGAUUUACGGGCAUUAUUUAACAGUGGAUAUCAUGUUAAGGAUAAACCGUAAAACCAAGCAUGGGCAUUUUGCCAAUAGCGUUGCUCCACUUAGAAUCUAUGGGCCCAACCUUAAUCUAUUGUAUGUUUAUGUAGUGUGUUGUAUUGUUAAGUGUUUGACUUUCAACUAGUAUAGUUUAACUAUCUGUAUUCCUCUGCCUGUUCUGUCCCAGGUCUUUAGUCUGAGGCCUCUCCAGAUUGUGCUUCCCUCCCGGGAGGAUAAGGACAGGCCGGCUGUUGACCUCGACCUCCAUCUGCCUUUCCUUUGCUUUAGACCCCGACAGCUCCUCCAAGUGAGUACAGACACACGGAUUAUACAGCCACAAAACUGCCUAACCCCCACUACAUUAUAUUUUCUUUCAAUGCAAUUAGAGAGACUAAAAGACUGUGGGAAUGUGAUAAUGUGCAAAUGUACAGUAUGUUUCUGUCCAUCUGUUUUGAAUAGUAAAAGACAUGUCUAUAUCAAUCAGACCUGGGUUCAAAUACGAUUUAGGGUAUUUCUGUGAUGAGGUGUGAAUGACGGAGUCAGGCGCAGGAGGUAAAACACAGAAAUCCAGAGUUUAUUCAGUAUACAUGAAUAAAGCGCAGUAAGCGUCAAAACGAAACUAGCACAAGGGAAAAAUCCACCUUGGCUACAUACAAGGCAAGAGUAGCUCAACCAAGCUACUCACUCUCACAAUGAACAAUCACUCACAAAGGACAAGGGGGCAGAGGGAACACUUAUACACAGACUAAUGAGGGGAUAAGAACCAGGUGUGUGUGAUUGACAAGACAAGACAAAUGGAGUGAUGAUAAAUGGAGCGGUAGUGGCUAGUAAGCCGGUGACGACGAACGCCGAAACCUGCCCGAGCAAGGAGGAGGGGCAGCCUCGGCUGAAUUCGUGACAAUUUCAAGUACUUUCAAAGUCAUUUGGAAGUAAGUAUUUAGAUAUUUUUUUUAUUUGAAAAAACACAACUAGUUGAAUGUUGGAAUAUAUUUGGAAAUACAUUUGGAAAGUAUUAGCAUGUAUUUGAAAAUACUCAAAUACACAGUAUUUAUACAAAUACUUAAAUACUCCCAGGCAUUUGAACCAGGUUUGUUUGGCAUUUGAAAUAAUGUAUUUGGAAAUAAGUAUUUGAAAAUACUUUCAAAUAGUAGGCUUAUAAAUAGGAAAUUAUUAGAAAAUGCUUUCAAUAGAAGUAGUUGAUUCGGGCCACAUUAUUAGAAAAUACUUGAAUACACCGAAAAUAAGUAUUUAAAUAAAAAAUAAUAAAAUACACAUGUAUUUGAACCCAGGACUGAUAUCCAUGUUACCUCUUGUCUGCCUGUCUGUCUGCCUGUCUGUCUUUCUUUCUGGAUCUCAUCAGAUCAUUACCAGCCUGCUGACAGAGCAGAGAGUAGUACUGUUGUCCUGUGACUGGGCACAGCUCACCCUAAUGGCAGAGAGCCUGAUGCACUUCAUCCACCCCCUGGUGUGGCAGCACCCCUUCGUGCCCGUCCUCUCAAGCCAGAUGCUGGACUUCCUCAUGGCGCCCACCGCCUACCUCAUGGGCUGUCACCUGGACCACUAUGAAGAGGUGGCCGCGGUAAGGAUGGAUAUCACUAUGUAGCCAUGCUAGAAUAGAAUACUGUAGCAUGAUCAGGUAGGGACAGUUAUAGUGAUAAUGACCCCUACCUGGGGCGGAAGAUAGCCUAGUGGUUAGAGAAGCGGUUGCCGGUUUGAAUCCCAGCUCAGACGUGUGCAGAGUCAGCCGGGCAAAAGGAGGGUUGCUGUGAUCAUCCUGGGUACCAUCGCCUGCCGCUGAGCCCUUGAGCAAGGCACUUUUUAAUAUAUGAUUGCUCCAGGGGCGCUGCAUUGCUGCUGACCCAUUGCUUCCAGCCCCACUGGGUUUGUGUGUGUUUUUCGGGGGUUUGGGUUGUGCAUAAAGACACAUUUUCGUUUUAAUGGACAAUAAAGUACAUCUUCUCUUCUGUUAUCUUACCUCAUGGGCUGCUACCUGCACCACUACAGGAGGUAGCCACGGUAAGAAUGGCACCAGCACUGUCUGUCAAUGUUCCUCGCAUCAGUGAUUUAUUUAUUAUUUAAUAAACAGAUUUAUCAUGCUUUAUCAUUUAUCAGCAUUUCUACUUGCUUUACACAGUAUAGAGGAUCAUGUGGUUCAAUAUCCUAACUGACAUACAGGACAGAAGUUAACAGAAAGUCCAGUUAAUUUGAGCUCACCUUCCUGACUCGACCCUAAUCCGUUGUUCUCCUCCAUUACAGUGUGUUCUCUAAGAGGGACAGAGUGUUGUGUUUUACUGUGUGGUUUUGUUUCCCCUGGCCUUACAGGAAACAGAUGAUCUGAUUCUGGUUAAUAUUGAUGAUGGGACCAUGUCGUCUUCCUGGUCCGGCGGGGUUGACCUGCCGGACAUCCCGCUGGCGGCUAGAGAGUGUUUUCUAACACGGUAGGACAGGAAAGGAUCUGGGGCAUGUUCAUUAGGGCACGCCGUAGCAAAAUGUUUUGCAACGGAAAAUGGAAAUGAACAUUUCUUAUUGGACAAGAUCAGGCUGUCCCUCCCUGUUUCAGUCUCUUUUCUUUCACUUGGUGCCUAAUGAAUAUGACCUAGAGGACAAGACACUCGGUUGAUACGUUUACACACGCAGCCCAAUUCUGGUCUUUUGACCAAUCAGAUCAGGUUUUUUGCCAAUAAUUGGGCAAAAGAUCAGAAUUGGGCUGCGUGCGUAAACGCAGCCAGUUAGUUUGCUGUCCUAUUUGUCCGUUGCUCUGGAAACAACAUGGAUUGUUAUAAAUAGGGGAAGGGGGUUUUAUGCGUGUGUGUCUCUCUGUGUGUGUGUGUGUGUGUGUGUCUGUCUGUGUGUGUUUGUCUGUGUGUGUCUGUCUGUGUGUGUCUGUCUGUGUGUGUCUGUGUGUCUGUGUGUGUGUGUGUGUGUCUGUCUGUCUGUCUGUCUGUGCAGGGCGGAGGGUCUCCAGAUGCACUAUGACCUGGAGGUGUGUCACCUGGGGGCCAGUACAGACGUCAACGACCUGAGGGCCCAGAGGAGGCAGUGGCAGAGGAAACUCAACACACACAUCCAGAACAUCACUCUGGAACUCAUCGUCAACAUCUUCAGGUCAGCAUGAAACUCAUCUCUUGUGGACAGACUACGGAAACAUAAAUGGUACCGAGCAUCUGACCAAAUUAUGCUACAUUUGAGUUCUGGGCUAACCGAGAUUAGCAUGACAGCUAUACUAUGUUUUCGUUUACUGUCGUUCACUAGGACAAAACAUUGACAUGAUUAUUAUAAUAUUAUUACAUAGUUGUUACAAUAUUAUAAUCUAAUUUACAUUUAUUUAUGUUACUUUGAUAAUUGAGACUCAAAUUGAGCACACAGUAUCUAGUUAUACGUAUUUGAUUGGACCAAAGCUUGAUGAUUAUCAAAUGGAUAUUGAUUUAUUUAGACAUUUGAACAACACUGUUAGUUAUCCUAUUAAAUUCUACUUCUGCAUUUUUUCCUUUCUAUUUUCUGUUAUUUUCAAUGAUUGUCUAUAUUAUUAUCACUGCAUUGCUGUAAAGAUCUCCCAAGGUAAGAAUUUCCCUGUACUGUUUUACACCUGUUGUAUCCUGUGCAUGCUGCGAAUAAACGUUGAAACGUGAAACAAAAAUCCUGCUUUAUUAAAACCAAUACAACUGCAAUUUCCUGUGCAAAAUCACAGUAAUUUCCUGUUCAAUAUCAGGACAGGCAAGCUAAUCCAGUGAUUAUUACUCGCAUAGCUCCUGAGUGGCGCAGUGGUCUAAGGCACUGCAUCGCAGUGCAAAACUGUUCCACUAGAUCCUGGUUCGAAUCCAGGCUCUGUCGCAGCCGGCCGCGACCGGGAGACUCAUGGGCGGCGCACAAUUGGCCCAGCGUCGUCCAGGGUAGGGGAGGGAAUGGCCGGCAGGGAUGUAGCUCAGUUGAUAGAGCAUGGCGUUUGCAACGCCAGGGUUGUGGGUUCGUUUCCCACAGGGGGCCAGUAUAAAAAAAUAAAAAUAAUAAUAAUAAUAUGUAAGUCGCUCUGGAUAAGAGCGUCUGCUAAAUGACUAAAAUGUAAAUGUAAAUGUACUCUCAACCUCACCCCCACUCCCAUCACCCCCACUCCCACCCCCCACCUCACCCCGACCACCACCACUGCCACCGCACCCCCCCACAGAGAAGUCCACGAUCACCUCAACUACGAACACAGAGUCUUCAACAGUGAAGAGUUCCUCAGGUCUAGAGAACCAGCAGACCAGCCAUUUUUCAAGAAGGUACGACUAAAACCUAUUCAUUAAGACACACAUCAAUCUGUUUGAACCUACAAUAUUUAGGACAUAUUUAACUUUUUUCAAUACCUGUUUUUUUUACCUGUCCAAUUGAAAGUGAACGCAGUGUAUUUUGUCUUCUUUGCAGGUGUUGGACACACACAUCUUCCACUCAUUCCUACGGGAUCGUCUGAACAGGAAGAUGGACGCGUUCACGCGCAUGGAGCUGAGUACUCGGACAGAAGCUUACAGGUGAGAAGGAAAGACAAGAGUUUAGCAUAAAUCUUUACCUUUAAACUAGUAAAGAGUUUAUUUUGACCAUUAUUGCAAAUGUAAUGGGUUUCAGUAGGAUUUUAAUUUGGUUUCAAAUCGUUGAUUCAACUAAUCAACUCAUCAGCAAUCCUUUUACUAGAAUCAUGUGUGUUAGUGCUGCGGCAAAAAACAAAAAUGUGCACCCGUUUGGGUACUCAGGACCAGGAUUGGGAAACACUGCAGUACUGUAUCUUCAUACACACAUCCCAAGUUGGUCCAUUCCUGGUAUAAGCACAGCCUUUCCCCUGACGUCUAUCCUCACUCCGGGGUGACGUUUCCCCUAGGUACAGAUCUAGGAUUGGCUUCCCCUCCCCCAAUCCUAACCUUAAGCAUUAGCGGGGGAAAUGCUAAAAUGACCUAAGAUCAGCAACUAAGGGCAACUUCUCCCUACACCACUGUCCUCUUCCCCAGGCUGAGGUCCAUGACAGAGUCUCCGCGACGGCCCACCAUGCAGGAGUUGGCCCGUAAAUACACCAGCCCAGAGAGCCGGCUCAGCAAGAGGCUGGGGGCCAGCCUGCCCAACCUGGGGGAGGGUGUGAGGUCCCUGGUGGGGCCCCUCAUGUAUACCUCCCUCAAGAAGAUACAGGUGGACAGUGGUAGGUGGACAGCAGUUGGUUGGAGGUUCAGGUGGACAGCGGUAGGUUGUAGGUUCAGGUGGACAGCGGUAGUUUGUAGGUUCAGGUGGACAGCGGUAGGUUGGAGGUUCAGGUGGACAGCGGUAGGUUAGAGGUUCAGGUGGACAACGGUAGGUUCAGGUGGACAGCAGUAGGGUGUAGUUCGGUGGACAGCGGUAGGUUGGAGGUUCAGGUGGACAGCGGUAGGUUGGGGGUUAAGGUGGAAGCGGUUAGGUUGGAGGUUCAGGUGGACAGCAAGUAGGUUGGCGGUUCAGGUGGACAGCAGUAGGUGAGGUUCAGGUGGACACGGUAGUGGAGUUCAGGUGGACAGCAGUAGGUGAGGUUCAGGUGGACAGCGGUAGGUUGAGGUUCAGGUGGACAGCGGUAGGUUGGAGGUUCAGGUGGACAGCGUAGGUUGAGGUUCAGGUGGACAGCGGUGGUCAGUGACAGGUAGGUUGGAGGUUCAGGUGGACAGCGUGGUAGGUGGUACAGGUGGAGGUCAGGUGACAGCAGUAGGUUGGAGGUUCAGGUGGACAGCGGUAGGUUGGAGGUUCAGGUGGACAGCGGUAGGUUGGAGGUUCAGGUGGACAGCAGUAGGUUGGAGGUUCAGGUGGACAGCGGUAGGUUCAGGUGGACAGCGGUAGGUUGGAGGUUCAGGUGGACAGCGUAGGUUGAGGUUCAGGUGGACAGCGUGGUUGAGGUUCAGGUGGACAGCAGUAGGUUGGAGGUUCAGGUGGACAGCGGUAGGUUGGUGAGUAGGUUAGGGUGGUGACAGCAGUAGGUUGGAGGUUCAGGUGGACAGCAGUAGGUUGUAGCAGUUCAGGUGGACAGCAGUAGGUUGGAGGUUCAGGUGGACAACGGUAGGUUCAGGUGGACAGCAGUAGGUUGUAGGUUCAGGUGGACAGCAGUAGGUUGGAGGUUCAGGUGGACAGCGGUAGGUUCAGGUGGACAGCAGUAGGUUGGAGGUUCAGGUGGACAGCGGUAGGUUGUAGGUUCAGGUGGACAGCGGUAGGUUGGAGGUUCAGGUGGACAGCGGUAGGUUGUAGGUUCAGGUGGACAGCGGUAGGUUUAGGUUAGGGGACGUAGGUUCAGGUGGACAGCAGUAGGUUGUAGGUUCAGGUGGACAGCGGUAGGUUGGAGGUUCAGGUGGACAGCAGUAGGUUGUAGGUUCAGGUGGACAGCAGUAGGUGUAGGUUCAGGUGGACAACGGUAGGUUCAGGUGGACAGCAGUAGGUUGUAGGUUCAGGUGGACAGCAGUAGGUUGGAGGUUCAGGUGGACAGCAGUAGGUUGUAGGUUCAGGUGGACAGCAGUAGGUUGGAGGUUCAGGUGGACAGCAGUAGGUUGGAGGUUCAGGUGGACAGCAGUAGGUUGUAGGUUCAGGUGGACAACGGUAGGUUCAGGUGGACAGCAGUAGGUUGUAGGUUCAGGUGGACAGCGGUAGGUUGUAGGUUCAGGUGGACAGCAGUAGGUUGGAGGUUCAGGUGGACAGCAGUAGAUUGUAGGUUCAGGUGGACAGCAGUAGGUUGGAGGUUCAGGUGGACAGCUGUAGGUUGUAGGUUCAGGUGGACAGCGGUAAAUUCAGAUGGACAACUGUAGGUUCAGGUGUGCGGUACUUGUCGAUGCGAAUAGUUAUCUUUUGUGAUUUCUGAAUUUAGAUUGAGUGGUUUUAGUAUGAGUGUUAAGUGGUUGAGGUGAAGACCUGCACACACGGGGUACUCCCCAGGACCUAAGUUGAGAAACCCUGUUGUAGUUGACCACUACUAUUGAGUUUGCCACCUUUAAGAUCCAACCAAGGACGAUUGGCCAACUGCUUUAAGGUUUCGUCUAAGAAAUGCUGUUCUCAGUUCUUAAAACCUUUGUGAUCGAACCCUAAUAGGUCUGAAGUCUCCCCAGAAGCCAGUGAGAUGCUUCAAGCUUCCUGAGUUCCCUCCACCGCUGGCCUACCACUACGUCCAGAAUUACUACCAGGAGAUGAUCACCCUCCUGGGCAAGGCCAUCAGCGGGGUGGCCUCCGAGGACUCCUCUCUCCUGGCCUGCUACCACUACCUCCGAGGCUUUGUCAACACCGUGGCUGGUAAACGUCUGGACGCUCUGGAAGACUUUCAGAACCUUUACAAGACAGACACGGACAUCUUCCCUGGCGAGCUGGUCAACGCACUGGUGGACUCUCUACAGGAUGGGGAACGGGCACAAGCUAACCGCCGAACCGAGAUCAAACGUCUGAUUAGUCGAGUGAAGAGGGACCACGAGAGGGAGCGGGCGUGCCAUGACGACGAAGGUGUCAAGCGGUUCCAGCUGCCGAAAAAGCACAUGCAGUUGGAGGACUUUGUGAGGCACGUGCAGGAGUCUGGGAUUGUCAAGGACCAAGCGACCAUUCACCGGCUGUUUGAGGCUCUCACUGUGGGUAAGGAAGUCACACAGACUCCAAGCUUAGAAAGAAGGAAAUAAUGAGUGAGGGUAAAGGAGAGAGGGUUGUCUCUUUCUUGGUGAAGGGUGUCUUCACCAAGGGACGUGUGUUUAUGCCAGUCUUGAUUUUCCACCCAUUUUGUGAUGGUUUUACAUUAGCCCCUUGUUGUAUGGGACUCAUCAUGAACAUAAUCCAGUUGAUAAUACUUGGCCACUACUCCGUAACCACCCCAGUCCCUGUGAUUGAUGUGUUAAUACCUUAAUACCUGUAGUGAAUGGCCAUGCUAAUUCAUCUGUCUAUUGAAUCCCCCCCCCCCAUCAGAAUGUUGUAAGAGCGGCUUGGAUUGUCAAGGUUGUGACUCUGCGGUGAAGGCUUCUUCCCUGUCUGUAUUUUACCUUAAUUCCAAUCUGGAAAGUAAGCAUAGCAUGAUGUGCUGUUCCCAUCUCCAACCCUGCUGUGUGUGUGUGUGUGUGUGUGUGUGUGUGUGUGUGUGUGUGUGUGUGUGUGUGUGUGUGUGUGCUGCUUUGGCCUUUGUUCAUUCUGCUUAAUAAACUAUCCCCUCAGGUCUUAAAUCUGAUCGCAUUUAAGAUUAGUGUUUGGUUCCCAACCUGUGUGCAGCUUCAAGCACACCCACACAUAGCAUGCCUUCAAGGCUGAAGUCUGGUUAAUCAUUUCCUUUGCUUCCUCACUUGAAGUCUUGGUUUUGAAUGACAAAAUAGAAUUCAGCCUAUGUGUUCUAUUGGCUCUGUUACAAACAGGACUCUGACUCCGCUGUAUCGUACAAUGGUCCAUUGGACUGUGAGUUGCCUUGUGGAAGUGUGUGUUUAGUACCUCACAUUACUCUUCAUACUGUACAUGUGGAGUGUGUGAGUCUCUUGCUCCAGUGAACCCACACACCAUGGACUUGCUCCACAAGCCAACCAAAACAAGGCUGUGUAAUGUUGUUCCUGUAACUCCUUCCCCAACCCUGCUAGCUUCUCUUUUCCAUGCUAGAACCUUCUGAAAUCAUUGUGAAGUAUAGUAACUUUAAACUGACCAAAUGCCUAUAUUGUCCCAGAAAUGCUGGUUUCAGGAAUUUUUCGAUCCUAACCCCAGACUGCCCCCUGCAGGCCAGCAAAAACAGGUGGAUCCAGAGCUCUUCCGAGUGUUCUACACCUUCUGGAAAGAGACGGAGGCCGAGGCUCAGGAAGUGGCCCUGCCGGCCUCGGUCCUGGAGCACUUGGAGGCUAACGAGUGUGUCUUCAAGCUGUCCUCUUCGGUCAAGACCAGCCACGGUGUGGGCAAGAUCGCCAUGACCCAGAGACGACUGUUCCUGCUGACCGUAGGACGACCCGGGUACGUGGAGGUAACCAAGUUCAGAGACAUUGAGGUGAGUUAGGACCUUCCGCAUCUACGUUCCUACUACACUUCAUGUGAUAUACCGUAUAUCAUUCAUGAUAGUAGACUUUUUGAUAGAGAUUACUAUAUGAAUACAUUAAGCUAUAAAACAGACAAACAAAGUAAUGUUUAUGAUGUGUACAGCUAAUGUAAACGACUGGAUCGACUCCAUAGCACAGUGUAUGCCAUGUACCGUUAUCAUGAGGCACUAUAGAUACAUGGCUUUAUGGACCAUUAUACAAAUUGUUACCAAGUAUUCUAUUAGAAAUAUGAAUAAGUCGAAGAUGGUGUUAGGUGAAAAAAUAAGCCUGGUCCCAGAUCGGUGGUCUUUACAACCAUAGGAGUUACAACCAUAGGUCUUUACAACACAAACUGAUCUGGGACCAGGCUAUAGUUGGCAAGACAGCACAAACAGAUCUGGGACCAGGCUAUAGUUGACAAGACAGCACAAACAGAUCUGGGACCUGGCUAAUGGUUGUGUAAUGUGUUGAGAUGCAGGGCUCCCUUGAAAAGGAGACCUUGUUCUCAGUGGGACUCCCUGCUAAAAUAAAGGUAGUGAAUUGUGAGUAACCAGUUGGCUGUUGUACCUCAGGAGGUGAAGAUCUCCUCGGCUCCCUUCCUGCUGCUGAGGAUCCCGUCUCUGAAGAUCAAGACCACCCUGAGGAAAGAGACAUUUGAGGUCAACCUGAAGUCAGAGGUUGACCUCUGGCACCUCAUGGUUAAGGAGAUGUGGGCCGGACGGAAGAUGGCCGACGACCACAAGGUAGGAUGUCAAAAUGUGACUUUAAACUUCCGGUUAAUCCCUGUCCCAAUAGUUUCACGUUUCCUAAAGUGUGCACUCGUUCACUACUUCCCACAAAUCUAAGCAUUGGAUUGGUGGAGGCAUGGGCUAGUGGGAGUUUCUACAGUUUUUCUUAUACCUGUCAUUUCCUUUGAAAUUAGUGAAUAGAAGUGAACAAAUGCACACUUUGGGAGGAAGGAGAGAUAAUUGGGACGUAGCAUCUCUCUCUCUCUCUCUCUCUCUCUCUCUCUCUGUCUCUCUCUGUCUGUCUCUCUGUAUCUAUCUCUCUCUCUCUCUCUCUGUCUCUCUGUAUCUCCCUCUCUGUCUCUGUCUCUGUCUCUGUCUCUGUCUCUGUCUCUGUCUCUGUCUCUGUCUCUGUCUCUGUCUCUGUCUCUGUCUCUCUCUCUCUCUCUCUCUCUCUCUCUCUCUCUCUCUCUCUCUCUCUGUCUCUCUCUCUCGGCAUCUGACUAUGUAUUAAUGUAUGCCCAGUAUGUACACUAUGAGAGGAGUUUUGCUUUUAGCAGCACAGAUGUGAUGGCCAACGUUAGCACUUAAACCUUUCCUGAUGCCACCCUGGGCCUCUCUGGCAGACUGUACUGUAGCUCAGUGGGUGUGGUUGACAUUCCAUGGAAGAGGGGGAGCUGGGGAGUUCCAUACGGGCUUGACUCUAUUGUUCAGCCAGGCAAAAGUCUCCACUACUUUCCAGCCUUCAGUUUCUGCUAUUAAACUGCAUGAAAUAAAAUGGACACUUCUGGCCCAUCUCACUCAUAUAUUGUCUUCUUCUCUGUUAUCACUGGAAAGACUGCAUUUCCCAGGGUCCUUUUCUGUCUUUCUUUUUAUUAAGUCCUCAUCCCUUGCUCCCUUCACCAAGCCUAGCCCCAGAUCUGUUUGUGCUGUCCUGGCAUGAAAAUGACUAGACAAGGAGUUUGCAAGACAGCACAAACAGAUCUGGCGCCAGGCUAGCCUCCACCAAUGCAUGGUUCAGAUGCCAUGGAGUUACUAUAAGUGUAAGAGCCAGUUUGUCUGUUUACAAACUCCUGGCCGUAGAGACGUGUUGCAUUCUACUCAUCCUUUUCUCCCUGUUGUCAUGUCAACGUCAGCACCAUGUCACCGUUUUAAUGUCAACGUCAGCACCAUGUCACCGUUUUCAUGUCAACGUCAGCACCAUGUCACCAUGUCUCUCUCUCUCUCUCUCUCUCUCCCUCUUUCUUUGUCUAUCUCUCUCUCUCUCUCUCUCUCUCUCUCUCUCUCUCUCUCUCUCUCUCUCUCUCUCUCUCUCUCUCUCUCUCUCUCUCUCUCUCUCUCUCUCUCUCUCUCUUUGUCUGUCUCUCUCUCUCUCUCAGGACCCCCAGUAUAUGCAGCAGGCUCUGACCAAUGCCCUGUUGAUGGAUGCAGUGGUUGGCUGUCUGCAGUCACAAAAGGCAAUUUUUGCUGCAACCAAGUUGGCACACUUUGACAGAAUGAAACUGGAAGGUAUGCCAAAGUUAAUCUUUUAGCAUGACAAAAAUAAACAGGGUAAAAAAAAAACAGAAGAUACAAAAACAAUCUGAAGCGAUGUUCUGUGCAGUAGGUUAUUGAAAUUAUUAGCAGAAAGUGCAUGUUUAUAACAGUGUCUUGCUUCUCAGGAGAUGUUCAAUUCAAACGUUGACCUCUGACCUGUCUGUCCAUCCUGAGCAGUGCCAAUGAUGGUGCCCAAAACCACGUCAGAGACCCUGAAACACAAGAUCAACCCAUCUCUGGACCUGACUAGCCCCCAGGCGGUAGAUGUUCUGCUCUACACCCCAGGUAAACCCUUAUGGCACACUGUCAGUCUCAAGGGAAGGUGACAUUAUGACGUGGAGCGUCAAACUAGAGCUGACAUCAGACACCAUUUAGUUCCUGUUCAACAAACUGGUAACACUACAUAUCUGUUGUAUGAUUUCCCAGUACUAUAAACACCCUACAGUAUUCUCAGUAGAUCAAGUAGGUGCUGCUGGUAUUUCCUAUUCAACCCUCACUCUCCUCCAGUCUAGGACAUCCCACAUACCUUCACAGACACUACUCCUCAGAUCAUUACUUAAAUGGUAGUAGACCUCAAAUCUGUGUUCUGCAGUCGAGGUACAGUAUUGCGCGACAACAACACACAAGAAUCAUGUUGCCUGUGUCCUGCCUGUGUCCUAGUAACAUAUGUGCUGGUCCCCCGUGCUCCUGAGUGGCGCAGUGGUCUAAGGCAUUGCAUCGCAGUGCUAACUGUGCCACUAGAGAUCCUGGUUCGAAUCCAGAAUUGGCCCAGCGUCGUCCAGGGUAGGGGAGGGAAUGGCCGGCAGGGAUGUAGCUCAGUUGAUAGAGCAUGGCGUUUGCAACGCCAGGGUUGUGGGUUCGAUUCCCACGGGGGGCCAGUAUACAAAAAAUAUGUAUUCACUAACUGUAAGUCGCUCUGGAUAAGAGCGUCUGCUAAAUGACGUAAAAUCUAAAUAUGUCACACUCCAGACCUGGGUUCAAAUACUAUUUGAAAUCUUUCAAAUACUUUGUGCAUUUGCUUUAAUCUGCCUGGAGUGUCAGGUGGGCGGGGUUUGAACUCUUGGGAUUGUUCUACUGGUUCCAUUGCAACAGGCAAGCUCAAUCAAGCACAGCUAAAGUAUUUACAAUUAUUUAAAGUAGUAUUUGAACCCAGGUCUGUCACACUGCUGCAUGCUACUGCAGCUAGGACAGUGUCAGUGUGAUGGUGUCAGUGUGGAGUUACAGGAGGAGGCUUGACCAGAGGCGGUUUUGGUUCCGAGGUUUGUUACUGCCUCUUAAACAAAUAAUGAGACACAGAUUUUCCCAACGCAUCACCACCAACCACUUCCUGUUGUGUUCCUUAGUUUCAUCCUUAGUUUCAUGCGCUGAUUACUGAUAGUAGAGUCAUACAGUAGUCGCAAUAGAAUCACUGAAAUUGUUCUUCCUACUCAAACCACAAACGUUUAUAUUAUAUUACACAGACUUGUAUUACACAAUGAGAUGUGUUAAAGUCUGACUUCAAUUUUACAUCCGAAACGUAUGUUUCUAACAUAAAUCGUUUGAAUCAGCAUUAUUUUUUCUCAGGCUCAAUAGUACGUCUCAAAACGUGUUGUUUUGACUGGGCAGAUAAGAAACAGGCCCUAGCCUGCAAGGAUCCUCCCAGCACCUAAACUAACAGUAAGGUUAUGUGUAAAAGAGCCUGUGUCUUAACCUAGUGACAUCAGGGAACCAACAACAGCUUCAUUCUUUAACACAAUAUCCCUACUCCUUCCCCUGGUCCUCUUACAGACAGUGGUGUGUUUUUCUAGGCCUUCCCGCUGACUGUUCCAUCUGUAUCCCAUUAGAAGGUGGCAUGGUAGUGGCAACGGUACAGGGCCUGGACAUGAUCGUCUAGGCAUUAGUAACAGUGCUGCUUCAGCACAGAGCACCAUUGAAGUCCUAGCUCUCAGGGUCUAAAUGUAGGUCAUUAAUGUUUGUCAUAUUCCCUCCUCCUUUCCGUUCUGUUCAUCACUCCUCCCCAUGAAAGGGAGGAUGUGACACAUUAUUGUUUUUUAUUUUAUUUUUCCUAUUAUGAUUUGAAAAAUAAAUGUUACGCCGUUAAAGGAAAUAGAACAGUUUUGGAGUGUAUUUGAAAAUAUGGAUUGAUUUCUUACUAGAUCAUGAAUGAUAUCUGACAGAAGUUCCCUAUGCGUGCCAUUAUGUGUAACUGUGAAUGUUUACACUUCUUCAGUGUGUGUGUGUGAGAUAUUUAGCUUUGCUCAUAACAAACUAGAAGAUGUAUUAGAAAAUAUAUAUUUAUUAUAAAUAAAGAAUAAUCUAUGCCUUUCAGCUUCACAGUCUUCAUCAGGGUGUUUUGUUUCCUUAACUGUAUAGUUAAAUAUCUCUAGUCAAACCAUGACCUACUUACUGGAUUUGAGUCGGAUCUAAUUGACGUGUUCAGUAUGUGAGAGAUGUUCUGCCAUGCUUGUGGGCCAAUAGAAAUAGAUGCAUACAGAAUGUGGAUUCAGGCGUUCCAGACCUUCAUCAAUAUUUUUGUUUACAUUCUCAGGACAGCUGGGCGUAUCGUCCGACUCCGAGGGUGAUGGGAACCCCAAACUGUGGUGUGCCCUGAGCGACGGGAAGGUGGUGGUGUUUGACGCAGCCAGCUGGUCCAUGCAACAAAGCCAAGUCCAAGUGGGUUCUUCACGAGUGGUAAGGCUAUGGACGUGGAACAGGGAUGAGACCGCUAUUUUAAAGGAAAAGGACAAUUACAGAAGUAUGAAAAAGCAGCAGUGAUUCACUGACCACUGUUAGUCAUCUUUCUGCUUUGACCCAUUUGAACUAUAUUUAGUGUUUUUUUGUCAGUUAAAAUAACUCCAGGGAUUCUGCUGACCCCUGGUGGUGUCUGAAAUCAAGGACUUGUUGCCACACUUCCAAGUCUUGUAUUCACUUGCUUAUUGGAACAAACCUGAGAAAAGCCGGUGGUAAUCAAGCUUGCUUCCAUGGCUUAAAAAAGCUUCUGGGCAGCCUGUCUGGUUAUUUCUAUUUUUCUCAUUUAGCAGACACUCUUAUCCAGAGUGACUUACAGUACUGAGUGAAUACAUUUUUGUACUGGUCCCCCGGGGGAAUCAAACCCACAACCCUGGCAUUGCAAGUGCCUUGCUCUACCAUCUGAGCCACACAGGUUAUACAGAAUAACAGUCUGUAUCUUCCUAAUGUUAUUUUAUGUUGUUUUCUUCAGAACUGCAUGCUGGGAGUGGACCGGCAGCAGGUGUGGAUUGGCUCCCAGGAUUCCGUCAUUUACAUAAUGAGCACCCGCAGCAUGUCCUGUAACAAGCAGCUGACGGACCACCGCAGUGAGGUCACAGGGUUGGCCCUAGGGGAGCGCAGCAAGGAAUACAGGUGAGGUGUGACGUUGACAUGCAUCAAACAUACAGCUACUACUGAUAUCCCAGAAAUUGAGCGAGCCUUCUUUUUAGGAGCGUAUGAUAAAGGCAUCGAUGAGCAGUCCCAGCUCUAAGUACAAUGUAUGACAUCCUUUAUUUAUACCUGGGCUGUGUUCAUUAGGCACCAAACGGAAGAAAAUGGACUGAAACAGGGAGCGACAAUCUGAACUUGUAUAAGAAACGCUCCGUGUUUUGCUGCUGUGUGCCAUACUGAACAUAGACCGGCUGAUUCUUCUCUGGGGUAUCAGUAACAUUAGUCUUUACCUGUGCAUGUAUUCCCUGUUGCAGCCCCAAGGUGGCAUACUCCUGCAGUGAGGAGGGUACAGUGAUGACGUGGGACGUGUCCACACUACAGGUGAGGAAACAGUUCCGGCUCUCCUGCGACCGCCUCCAGUCCGUUCAGCUCUGCAAUGGAACACUAUGGUGCUGUAAGUACACAUAAAAACAUACAAAUAGUGUACUUAAAAGGAUUAAAAUUACUUCUGGCUAUACUAUACUUAAGCAAUAAGGCCAGAGGAGGUGUGGUAUAUGGCCAAUAUAGCACGGCUAAGGGCUGUUCUUACACACGACGCAACGCGGAGGGCCUGGACACAGCCCUUAGCCGUGGUAUAUUGGCCAUAUAACACAAAUCCCCGAGGUGCCUUAUUGCUAUUAAAAACUGGUUACCAAGGCAAAUAAAGCAGUAAAUAUGAAUGUUUUGUCGUACCCGUGGUAUACCACUGAUAUACCACGGCUGUCAGACAAUCAGCUUUCAGGGCUCGAACCACCCAGUUUAUAAUACUGUAUGUGACAAGAUUGAUUGUUAUAAUUGUGCUUGUUAUUCCUCCUAUGUCAUUCAGGUGCCAGAGACUGCAUUAUGGAGGUGUGGAAAAAUGGAACGUUGCAUCGCAAGAUCUCCCUUCCUGAACAGCUCUGUGGCUCCCCCACUGCCUUCAGCAGCCUCCUUCUCUACCAUGAGGUGGGUCAUGGUUUAUGUGUCUGUAUAAAUAUAGAAAUUAAACGAGCUGAGGCUAGUACUUUUCAGAACCUACCAGGCUAGUGAAAUUGUGUUUUUGAAAGGCACAGACUUUGGACCAGACUGUUACCGGGGUUAGUAGAAAUUCUGGCCUGCUAGCCCGGCUGGCCAGUGUCAUGUUCCAUCCCUGCAUGUAUUGUAUACAUAGUCUGUAAUAUUUCCUACUGUGAUCAGUGAAGUCUGUGCUACGUUGACAUGGUAUGGGGGUGAUGAUGGAGUGGUGUUGUGUGCUAUACAGUGGGGGAAACAAUUAUUUAGUCAGCCACCAAUUGUGCAAGUUCUCCCACUUAAAAAGAUGAGAGAGGCCUGUAAUUUUCAUCAUAGGUACACGUCAACUAUGACAGACAAAUUGAGGAAAAAAAAUCCAGAAAAUCACAUUGUAGGAUUUUUACUGAAUUUAUUUGCAAAUUAUGGUGGAAAAUAAGUAUUUGGUCACCUACAAACAAGCAAGAUUUCUGGCUCUCACAGACCUGUAACUUCUUCUUUAAGAGGCUCCUCUGUCCUCCACUCGUUACCUGUAUUAAUGGCACCUGUUUGAACUUGUUAUCAGUAUAAAAGACACCUGUCCACAACCUCAAACAGUCACACUCCAAACUCCACUAUGGCCAACACCAAAGAGCUGUCAAAGGACACCAGAAACAAAAUUGUAGACCUGCACCAGGCUGGGAAGACUGAAUCUGCAAUAGGUAAGCAGCUUGGUUUGAAGAAAUCAACUGUGGGAGCAAUUAUUAGGAAAUGGAAGACAUACAAGACCACUGAUAAUCUCCCUCGAUCUGGGGCUCCACGCAAGAUCUCACCCCGUGGGGUCAAAAUGAUCACAAGAACGGUGAGCAAAAAUCCCAGAACCACACGGGGGGACCUAGUGAAUGACCUGCAGAGAGCUGGGACCAAAGUAACAAAGCCUACCAUCAGUAACACACUACGCCGCCAGGGACUCAAAUCCUGCAGUGCCAGACGUGUCCCCCUGCUUAAGCCAGUACAUGUCCAGGCCCGUCUGAAGUUUGCUAGAGUGCAUUUGGAUGAUCCAGAAGAGGAUUGGGAGAAUGUCAUAUGGUCAGAUGAAACCAAAAUAGAACUUUUUGGUAAAAACUCAACUCGUCGUGUUUGGAGGACAAAGAAUGCUGAGUUGCAUCCAAAGAACACCAUACCUACUGUGAAGCAUGGGGGUGGAAACAUCAUGCUUUGGGGCUGUUUUUCUGCAAAGGGACCAGGACGACUGAUCCGUGUAAAGGAAAGAAUGAAUGGGGCCAUGUAUCGUGAGAUUUUGAGUGAAAACCUCCUUCCAUCAGCAAGGGCAUUGAAGAUGAAACGUGGCUGGGUCUUUCAGCAUGACAAUGAUCCCAAACACACCGCCCGGGCAACGAAGGAGUGGCUUCGUAAGAAGCAUUUCAAGGUCUUGGAGUGGCCUAGCCAGUCUCCAGAUCUCAACCCCAUAGAAAAUCUUUGGAGGGAGUUGAAAGUCCAUGUUGCCCAGCGACAGCCCCAAAACAUCACUGCUCUAGAGGAGAUCUGCAUGGAGGAAUGGGCCAAAAUACCAGCAACAGUGUGUGAAAACCUUGUGAAGACUUACAGAAAACGUUUGACCUGUGUCAUUGCCAACAAAGGGUAUAUAACAAAGUAUUGAGAAACUGUUGUUAUUGACCAAAUACUUAUUUUCCACCAUAAUUUGCAAAUAAAUUCAUAAAAAAUCCUACAAUGUGAUUUUCUGGAUUUUUUUUCCUCAUUUUGUCUGUCAUAGUUGACGUGUACCUAUGAUGAAAAUUACAGGCCUCUCUCAUCUUUUUAAGUGGGAGAACUUGCACAAUUGGUGGCUGACUAAAUACUUUUUUCCCCCACUGUAUGUGGUUCAGAAGGAGCAGCUGUGGACGGCCUGUAUAGACGUAGGGGAGCUGUGUGUGUGGCACCUCGCGGAGCCCACCAAGCCCUUCCAGAGGAUCCAGCUGCCCGACUGUGCAGGCGUCACCUGCAUCAUCAAGGUCAAAAACCAGGUGAGACUGUCUGCAGACUGCACUGCAGACCCAAAAUUAAGAUGUUUCUAUUCUACUGUAGUUUCCAUUAACGGGCAUUGCUUGAGUACUCUACUGGACUACUAGAUCCACUACUUACAGUUCGUACUGUGUUUAGGUAUUCUAUUAUGUGAAAGUUGAAUCUAGUGAAAGUAUUCAUUGGUCCAAAUCAGCCUUGGUUCCCCUUCCCACUUUUCUGCUUUUUUUUAUACAUAAUACAGUAGAUAAUGCAUACAUAAUACAGUAGAUAAUGCAUUUAUAAUACAGUAGAUAAUGCAUACAUAAUACAGUAGAUAAUGCAUGUAUAAUACAGUAUAUAAUGUAUUUAUAAUACAGUAGAUAAUGGAUUCAUAAUACAGUAGAUAAUGCAUACAUAAUACAGUAGAUAAAGCAUUUAUAAUACAGUAGAUAAUGGAUUCAUAACACAGUAGAUAAUGCAUACAUAAUACAGUAGAUAAUGCAUACAUAACACAGUAGAUAAUGCAUACAUAAUACAGUAGAUAAUGCAUUUAUAAUACAGUAUAUAAUGUAUUUAUAAUACAGUAGAUAAUGCAUACAUAAUACAGUAGAUAAAGCAUUUAUAAUACAGUAGAUAAUACUGUAGAUAAUGCAUUCAUAAUACAGUAGAUAAUGCAUACACAAUACAGUAGAUAAUGCAUACAUAACCCAGUAGAUAAUGCACACAUAAUACAGUAGAUAAUGCAUUCAUAAUACAGUAGAUAAUGCAUUCAUAACCCGGUAGAUAAUGCACACAUAACCCAGUAGAUAAUGCACUCAUAACACAGUAGAUAAUGCAUACAUAACACAGUAGCUAAUGCCUACAUAAUACAGUAGAUAAUGCCUACAUAAUACAGUAGAUCAUGCAUUCUGACAUGCUGUCCAUUGUCAAUUCAACAUGUCUUAUUAAAAACAGAGAUGUCUCUUAUUAGUCAUAAAAUCACAUCUUUUACCCUGUCCUGUCAGAUCUGGGUUGGCGGCCGCGGCCGGAGCUCGGGGAAGUCCAGGGGGAAGAUCUACGUAGUGGACACCCAGCGACACACGGUGGAGAAGGAGCUGGUAGCUCACACAGACUGUGUCCAGGCACUGUGCUCCGCAGAGGACCGCUAUGUC